CAUUUGUUUUAAGAAUGAAUGCAUUUCCUAGUUUUGUUCACUGAGAAGGCAUGGAAACAAUGACAAACUCAGUAACAAUGAGUCUUCCUAAGGCAUCUCUACUUUAAAGGAACCAGAGCACACUAAAGGAAUGUCUGAUUCCAAAUCAGGGGCAGAAAGCAUUCAAAAUGAAUCUGUAAUAUCAUGUCAGAAAGAAGUUAUUUUAGGUUAUAUGAAAGAGGUGCUUCCUCAUCUCUAAGACUUAGCAGAAACUCCGAUUUGAAGAGAAUAAACGGAUAUUGUGCCAAACCACAAGAAAGUCCAAAAGCUCCACCCUACACUUACAGCCACAAAGUGCCAUUACACAAACCUACACACUGGGAGAGGAAGAUCCUGGUAUGGUCAGGUCGCUUCAAAAAGGAAGAUGAAAUCCCAGAGACUGUCUCGUUUGAGAUGCUUGAUGCUGCAAAGAACAAGAUCCGGGUGAAGGUCAGCUAUGCAAUGAUUGCCCUGACAGUGGCAGGAUGCAUCUGGAUGGUUAUUGAGGGCAAGAAGGCUGUCAAAAGAAACGAGUCUUUAACAAGCCUGAACUUAGAAAAAAAAGCUCGCCUGAGAGAAGCAGCAGCUCUGAAAGCCAAAACAGAGUAGCAGAGGUAUCCGUGUUGGCUGGAUUUUGAAAUUGCAGGAAUAAUGUUGCAGCAAUUAGCCUGUAUUAAAAAGAAUACAGUAUGAGGAUCCAUUUCAUGAAAGUAUGGUUUGCACAGACUUAUAAUUUCCCCCAUUUUUGAUAUAGUGGGACAAAUAAAUUUCCUUAAAUGACUUGU